CACUCCAAAGAUACCUGUGCUGCAUCAUCAUUAUCAUCACCAUCUUCUUCUUCUGAAGUCAAGCGUCUCUUCAUGGCAUCCAUUAUCCAGAGCAACGAAGGGUCGUCUGCCCCAACAAGGGCGUUGGUCGUGGAGGACAUCAAAGUUGACUGCGUGAUCCUCAUGCACAUGCUGCACAAGCUCCAGUGCGAGGCCACUGCUGUCGAGAACGGGAAAGAGGCCGUUGACCUCUUCGUUGAAGGGAAGACCUUCGACAUCGUCUUGUCAGAUAAGGACAUGCCCGUAAUGUCGGGCCCUGAGGCUGUGGCCAAGAUCCGUGCCAUGGGAGCCACUGAGGUGAGGAUCGUUGGGGUGUCGGCGGAUUUCGGUGGCCGGGAGGCGUUCAUGCGAGCUGGCGCUGAUGUGUUCGUGCCCAAACCAGUGAAGCUUGAGACUCUCCGGUCUAUGCUCGAGCUGGUCACUAGCAAGAAGAACAUGAGCGGCUAGCAUCAGCAGAUAUAUAUACGCAGUGCAGCUAGCUAGCUCGUAAUGUUUGCUUGAGAACUCGAGUUGUAACAGUUUAAGACAAGUUUGGUUACUUUCUA